ACAAGCGACCUGCAUCACAAAUCCUACUCCGCCACUCUCGUCGCGGCCGCCUAGGUGCCAACAAGCGGCGCCACAAGAACCACCACGCCCGGCCCCGAUGGAGGACGGCGCCGGCAAUGGGGUGGCCGUGGCUGCGGCGGCGGCGGGCUGGAACUUUGCGCCGAACAAGGCCCUCCUGGGCCUGACGGCGCUCUCAGUGCGCGGCGUGCUGAACAGGGUCAAGGCCGGGAUGGUGGCCGACGGCGGCGGGGCCCGGCCGGUGGUCCCGAUGGGGAACGGCGACCCGUCGGCGUUCCCGUGCUUCCGCACCGCGCCGGAGGCCGUGGACGCCGUCGCCGGCGCGCUCCGGUCAGGGGAGCACAACUCCUACGCCACCAGCGUCGGCCUGGAGCCCGCACGAAGGUCCAUCGCGAAGUACUUAUCCCGUGAUCUGCCAUACGAAUUAUCACCAGAUGACAUCUACCUCACAAGCGGCUGUUCUCAAGCAAUUGAGAUAAUCUGCUCUGUUUUAGCUCGUCCUGGUGCCAACAUCUUGCUUCCAAGGCCUGGAUACCUGUUCUAUGAGGCGCGUGCUGCUUUCAAUGGCAUGGAAGCUCGGUAUUUUGAUCUUCUACCUGAGAAGGAUUGGGAGGUUGAUAUUGAUGGCGUCCGAGCUCUUGCUGAUGAGAACACCGUUGCCAUGGUCAUUGUCAACCCAGGAAACCCUUGUGGCAAUGUCUACACCUAUGAGCACCUGGCCAAGGUUGCCGAGACCGCGCAGAAGCUUGGCAUAUUUGUAAUCACUGACGAGGUGUAUGCUCACUUGACAUUUGGGGAGAGGAAAUUUGUGCCCAUGGGUGUGUUUGGGACAGUGGUUCCUGUGUUCACACUAGGGGCGAUAUCAAAGAGAUGGGUGGUGCCUGGAUGGCGGCUUGGAUGGAUUGUUACCAGUGAUCCUAAUGGUGUAUUUCAGAGGACUAAGGUAGUUGACUGUAUCAAAAGCUACCUUGAUAUCUCCUCUGAUCCUCCAACAUUUGUCCAGGGAGCAAUUCCAAAACUCCUGGAGAACACAAAGGAGGAAUUCUUCAACAGAACUGUUAAAAUUCUUAGAGAAACUGCAGAUAUAUGCUGGGAGAAACUGAAGGGCAUCAAUUCCAUCACAUGCCCGAGCAAACCUGAGGGUUCCAUGUUUGUAAUGGUGAAAUUGGACCUAUCCUGCCUGCAAGGCAUCAAAGAUGACAUGGACUUCUGCUGCAGGCUGGCAAAGGAAGAAUUAGUGGUUCUUCUGCCAGGAUGUGGUGUGGGAUACAAGAAUUGGCUCCGGAUCACCUUCGCAAUUGAUCCAUCUUCUCUAGAAGACGACCUUGACAGACUCAAGUCCUUCUGCUUGCGACACAGCAAGCCGGCAAAGUGUUAUGAUAAGCUCAUCGGUUCCUUGCAACACAAGAGAAAGAAAUUGUUAUGAACUUCUAGUGAUUUAUGAUACGGCACCAUCUUCAGUCGGAGAUGAUAUCUUUGAUGCGCUAGGUCCUUGGUAAGCAUUGGACUCGGCUUUUAUCAAGUCAUCAUUGAGCGCCGUUGCAACAUGUCGUCGCCCUCAGUGGCUGUAGGUGUAACACAAAUUUUAGGAAUCUGAAGUGUACAACGAAUAAACAAGGGACUAUAUGAGAAUUGUCAUCUGAUUAUAGCAUUUAUUUGACUCUUUCUCA